UCUGCGCUUUUAUCCUGUCGGAUGCGUUUGGUCGAAGUCGGCCGGUUGGGAGGGGCGGAGCUGUCACAUGUCAGCUGAUGCACCGUGAAAACAAACUUCUUGUCUCCGUGUGAAAGUCCAACACAUACACGGAGAAAUACUGCGGAGGGUACAGGUGAGAGAGGUGAAUCCUGCUCAGUGAUUGGUCCAGACAGACAGGUGAUGAUGUCAUCGGUGAAGGUGGAGAGUGUGGUGAAAGCGAGUGCUUUGAUUGGUGAAGGACCGGUGUGGGAGGAGUCAGAGCAGAUGCUGCUGUUUGUCGACAUCGCCGGGCAGAAGAUCCACCGCUGGAGUCCAACGACCAAUCAGAUCCAGUCUGUGGAGACAGGUGACAUGGUAGGCUUUGCGGUUCCACGUAGGUCAGGUGGUUAUGUAGCAGGUGUGGGUCGCAGCAUUGUGGCUGUUGAUUGGCCAACUCAGAUGAUGACAUCGCUGGUGGAGGUUGAUCAGGACAAACCAAACAACCGACUAAACGAUGGGAAGGUCGAUCCGAUUGGAAGGCUGCUAGCAGGUACGAUGGGGAAGGAGCAGCGACCUGCGGAGGUUGAGAAACAACAGGGGUCAUUGUUCUCUGUGACCUCUGACCUCACUGUGACCAAACACCUGAGCCAGGUGGACAUCUCUAACGGACUCGACUGGUCUUUGGAUCAGAAGACGUUUUUCUACAUCGACAGUUUGUCUCUGACCGUCGACGCCUUCGACUACGACUCAAACACUGGACACAUCGGUAACCGUCGUGUGGUGUACCAUAUGGAGGAGGGGGAGGGGCUUCCUGACGGAAUGACGGUUGAUGCUGAAGGUCGUCUCUGGGUUGCAUGUUACAACGGAGGACGAGUCAUCAACAUCGACCCUGCUACUGGUGUGCGGCUGCAGACGGUCUCUCUCCCGGCGAUGAAAACCACUUCCUGUUGUUUCGGAGGUCCAGAUUACUCUGACCUCUACGUGACCUCAGCCAGUCUGGGCCUCAACCCGUCAGAGGGCAGACAGCAGCCACUGGCUGGACACACCUUCAGGGUCACAGGACUUGGGGUCAAAGGUCGACCUUCAACCUCAUUCUCAGGAUGAUCCUGAAGCCAAUCACAGCGCAGAUCACCGGCAGGAAGUGAUUAGCAGAUUGAUCGAUCAACUGUUUGUGGUGAUCCAUGAUCAAUAACUUCAUGAAUUCAUUGUUAAAAUUAACAUGUAGCUCAGGUGUCAUUCAUUUCUAACUUGAUUUUCAUUGAUAUUUGUAGUUUAAAUCUUUAGAUAAAUAAGUGACUGACAGCCAAUCAGAAACAAGGACUCUGUGACUUAGACAUUUAACAGCCAAUCAGAAACAGAUCUUUUGUGGCUUUAAUAUAUCGUGAAAAUAAAACCUGAACAAACAUCA